GUGAUGUUCUCAAGCCUCAAGCAGCCUUGGGCAUUUGGCUGUUGCUAUCCCAAAAGCAUGGCAACUCCGAUAGCUGCGAGCUGGCAAUUGUGUCGUUCCGCCAUGAUGACUCCUGAUGAAAAAGUCUUACAGUCUGUGGAGAAUAAGGAGCCAAGAAAGUCGACAGUCAAGGACCUCGCGAGAAAGUUUGACAUAAAGCCUAGUUCAUUGAUUCAGGGUCCCGCAAAGGCCGUUUCUAGGGAUCUUGACGACGCUGAUGGAAAACUGACCAAGUCGGAGCUGGAGGAACUGAAAACUCGUUUGGAGAAACUUCAGCUUCAGCUAGAUGGAAGCCAGAGAGAUGAAGUCGGUUCAAUUCUGGAGAUUGUUGGCAAGGCCUACAGCCGGAGGUCCAGCGAUCGCUCGGAAAGCAAGUGGACGGAAAUUCUGCUGAAGUCAGCAGACCUGCAAACUCAGGGCGACGAUGAUGCGCUUCUGUCGCUGCUCGCGUCAAAGGGCGAAGAGGUUUCGCGCCUCAAGGCAGAAGUGAUGGAGCUCAAGUCUCGGAUGGCCGGCGAGCGGGGGAUUAUGAAAUACGAGAUCCAAGGAAAUGAAGAGCUUGGGAGCCUCCUCUUCGUGGUUUCAAUGUCUGAUGAUGUGGCGCACCCAUCCCAGUGCAACAUUCACUGGUAUCGAUCCAGCAAAGAUGGGAAGCAUACUCAGCUUAUAAUCGGAGCGGAAGGGACCAUGUAUGCAACUGAGCCUGAAGAUCUCGGCUGCGUCAUUCAGGCAGCUAUAGAAUCAGCAACAGCUUGUCAAGGAAUCAUGUUCCUUACUUCUGGGGAAAUUCAACCAGGGAGCAUGUACGAGACGCUCCUUGCUCAGACAUCUCUUCUCAAUGACGUCCAAUUUUCGGUCCUCAUAUGCAACAAAGAUGGGAGCACUACUGCAGACGUAGAUCAGGCUCAGCUGCGAAUCAACAAAGCGCGGGUGAAGCUGGUCACUACCUCGAAUUCUCUGAUAAGGAGAGAGUCGUACAACCAGGCAAUGCAGUUUUAUGGGCUUCGGUGGAGCACCAAUUCUUCUUCUCUUGGUGCAUGCUGGGUUCCACGCAAGGGUCUGAGCUUCAACCUCAUGUUCCAGUCCAUAACAGAACGGAACAUAGCCAUCCAAGUAGCAAGGACAAAUGCGUGCAAGCUGAAGAUUGAUGUGUCUGGGCCGGAGGGCCAUUUUCAUGGGCACGAUAAUUAACAGGGCAGGACUAUUGUGCGUACAACUGUGGUGCGGCGGAGCAGCGUAGGGAUGAGUCUGUAGGUCUUGUAGGAAACGAAAUGCACAAAAUUCAGGGAGAAAGUUGUGUGGAGACCCAAUGCAAUCCGGUGGGGUAAUGGUAUGGUUGGUGGUAGAGGAUUAUUCUGCAGUUUGAACAGAUGCAACAUCUGAAGUAGUUGGCAAGGAUUUUGUAUACACAGCAAUAU